UCGGGGGAUGACCUCAGAAGCCUCAAUUUUACUUUGCCGAUCAGUCGCAGGGUAAGUGUACUCGUGCGAAUAUCGGCGAGAACUUCGUUAAUAACAUUUUAAGUAAAAAAAUCAAAUCAGACAUCGUGGCAAUUGGUAUUUAACAACACGAUAAGGCAAAACCGCCAUGGAGUCCAACUGUGCUCCAAAUGAAGAUGCGAUCGCAACUAUAGUCACAAACAUCCAGGUAGAAUAUGAAGUACUUCGAAAAUUAAUGGAGAAUACAGCCUUCACAGAAGACAAACGAUAUAGAAUAAAAUCGAUGUUGAUCUCUUGUAUGCAAUUAAAGGAAAUGCAGCUAACUGACACGUUAGCAACUACAUCUGAGGAAGAAAAUUGGUCAUGCAUAAUAGGGCUUGCAGUGGUGCAUAUGAAUCUUGGUAUAGUGUACUCUAAAACGGACAAAAUAAAGUUAGGUGAAGAACACCUAAUGAAAUGUGUAAACUUAUUAAAAGACAAAGAGCUAGAACCAAGUGCAGUUUUACUUGUACUAGGUGCUCUCAAUCAGUUAGGCCCUAUAUGGUUCCAGUGGAAUGAGCCUACAAAGGCAAGAGACUUUUUAGUUCAAGCAGAAAAAAUCUACAAUGAAUUUACAAGCAUUCCUGGUAGAGUUCCCUUUAAUAUGCCACAUAAUUUUGGCAUAGAAGGAGUCAACAUUAAAGAGCAUCCUAGGGAAAAGCUAGAGAAACUUAAUACCUUUACAUUGUACUAUUUAGCUCAAGUAUACAAAUCCUUACAAGAUCUUGGCAAGUCUGUAAUGUAUUGUCAUAUGACUCUGCGCAGCCAGUUAGGUCAUAAUUACAUCAUGCAGGAUUUAAAUCAUAUUGAUUGGGCAUUAAAUGCAGCAAAUUUGUCAAAAUACUUUACAGAUAAUGAUGGCUUUUCUCAAGCAAGGCAUCAUUUAGCAGCUGCAUCUUAUAUAUUACAAAGGUAUGAAGAUAUAUUGAAAAGGAGAACUGAAAAUAAUGAAGAAAGUGAAGAACUUGCAGCUGACUGGGAAAAUUUUAAACAUAAAAGUGCUGAUAUUGCCAGAUGUUGGGCUAAAUAUGGAAUUCAGUUACUUUAUUUAUCAAAACAAAGGUUCUUGCAAGAUGAUGAAUCAGAGCAAGAAAAUGAUGAGUCUGAUGAUGAUUCUCCUAAAUCAGAAAUACUUAACAAUUUAAAAUUUAAUAUUUUGAAGGAGAAAAUAGAGCCAAUUGAAAAUCAAAUAACUGAUAAAUACUUACUAGAUUUUGAUGAUGCUAAAUUAGUUUUUUUAAAUUUACAAAAAUGGUUAGGUGAAGCCAAAUUAUAUUACACUCUAGAGAAUCAUGCUUCUAUGUACAUAUCAAUUGUACAAGAUAUAUCAAAAGGAUAUAAAUAUUUAUUAUUCUUUGAAAAGCAUGGAGACAGACAAGCAAAAAUGCAUAAAAGGAGAAUAGAUAUGCUAGAAAAUGUUAUCAAGGAGGUAAAUCCUCAAUAUUACAAAGCUGCUUGUAGACAAAUUUGGAUCGAGCUUGCAGAAGCAUAUUCUGAUAUUCUUUACAUAAAACUUGAUCGCUUACUAACAGAUGACAUAGUACCCAGGCAACAACUAGUGCCAAAAAUUAAUAGGUUGACAAAAAAUUCAAUAAAGAAUUAUCAGGCGUUUCUGGAUUCUUUAAAGACUCGUAAUUCUGAUUCCGUAAUAGAACAGAUUCCCGAUGAAAUGUUGCAAACAGCCCUAUCUUCUUACUCUCACAUCGGUAGAUUAUACAACAAACUAAUAACUUUCGAUAAAGCGGUUCAACAGGAUAAUAUUCAAAAUAGUAUUAAUGCAUUUAAAUUUGUAGUAGACUAUUGUGAAAAAUAUCCCGAAGCAGCAGAAAUAAUGAAAGUUGAAUUAAAAAUCUGCAAGGAAUUCGUAAAUUUAUUACCAAUGAAAGGAAACUGGUUACAAAACGAAAUGAAAAAGGAAUAA